UAUAUUUUUAUUAUUAUUACAGUUUUGUUUAUGCCGGGCAUGAAUCUGUGUGCCGUUCUUAUCCUGUAACAAUCACAUCUCACCAUGACUUUUCAGUUGGAAGUUUCUUUCCUUUUUUAAUUCGUCGUUACAUCUUAAUGAUCCAAUUCAAUAAAACUACUGUCUGCCUUUCUUCUUCCAUUAAACUCUGCACAUUGGGUCUUUGUAAAUAAACCCUAAAGCAAUCAUCCCCGAUCUUCAAUCAUGACAAUCCACUCUUCUAAAAAUCGAGCUGAUCUUGAAGAAAGUGCAAAGAGUUCUUAUUUUAACUUGCCACCGUUAGAUGUUUCCGUUGCAUUUCCUCAAGCAACUCCAGCAUCCAUAUUUCCUCCUUGCACAUCCGACUAUUUCCAAUUUUCUGACCUCCUGACUUCCGAGGAGCAUGCUGUUAGAAUGAAAGUAAGAGAAUGUAUGGAAAAGGAAGUAGCUCCUAUAAUGGCAGAGUACUGGGAGAAGGCAAGUUUUCCCUUUCAUGUUAUUCCCAAGCUUGGUUCCCUGCGCAUUGCUGGUGGCACAAUCAAGGGUUACGGUUGUCCUGGUAUGUCGCUCGCUGGAAGUGCUAUUGCUACAGCAGAAGUUGCUAGAGUUGAUGCGAGCUGUUCUACCUUCAUUUUGGUGCAUUCAUCUCUGGCAAUGCUCACCAUAGCACUUUGUGGAUCAGAGGUCCAAAAGCAGAAAUAUUUACCUUCUCUGGCUCAGUUAAGUACUAUAGCUUGUUGGGCUUUGACUGAGCCUGACUAUGGAAGUGAUGCAAGCGCCUUGAAAACUACAGCGAACAAGGUGGAAGGAGGUUGGGUACUUGAAGGCCAAAAGCGCUGGAUAGGAAACAGUACCUUUGCAGAUUUGUUGGUUAUAUUUGCUAGGAAUACCUCAACAAAUCAGAUCAAUGGAUUUAUUGUAAAGAAGGAUGCCCCAGGAUUAACAGUUACAAAAAUAGAAAAUAAAAUUGGCUUGAGAAUCGUCCAGAAUGGAGAUAUUUUGUUGAAACGAGUUUUUGUCCCUGAUGAAGACAGGUUACCUGGUGUCAACUCCUUUCAAGAUACAAGUAAGGUUCUAGCUGUUUCACGUGUAAUGGUUGCCUGGCAGCCUAUUGGCAUAUCAAUGGGAAUCUAUGACAUGUGUCACAGGUAUCUAAAAGAGAGGAAACAGUUUGGAGCACCGUUGGCUGCUUUCCAAAUAAACCAACAGAAACUAGUUCACAUGCUUGGCAACGUUCAAGCAAUGAUACUCGUAGGGUGGCGCCUUUGCAAGCUGUAUGAAAAGGGUAAAAUGACUCCUGGACAUGCAAGCAUGGCAAAGGCAUGGAUCACUUUGAGAGCAAGGGAGACAGCUUCUAUUGGACGAGAGUUGCUUGGUGGCAAUGGAAUAUUGUCUGAUUUUCUAGUUGCCAAGGCAUUCUGUGAUUUGGAACCCAUCUACACAUAUGAAGGCACAUAUGACAUAAACACUUUGGUAACUGGUAGAGAAGUCACCGGGAUUGCCAGUUUUAAGCCAGCAGCAGUGAGCAAGCAAAGCCGCCUCUGAAUUACAAACAAGGUUCUGCUUUUGUGCUACAAAGGUCUUUUGCCAUUCAAGAAAGCAACUUAAUGAUCCAUAAAAAGGGAAAUCAUAGAAUAGAAUAUUACAAUAUAGAACAUGACAUGUGAAAUAAGUUAACGAAAUUCUGCUCAUGGCCUUGGUUUGGAAUUACCAGCUAGGGGACCUAAAAGAAUUGAUUUCUAGAACUUUGGAUUAUAUUCAUGGCAGGAAAUUGUAGCUGGUUCAGAGUUAAUAGAUAUACUGGAAUUCGCUAAUUUUUUAUA